CAGAGACGAGGCUGCGUACGAGCGAGGAGUGGGAUGUUGGAAUUCUGGAUUGGAGUUGGUGCGGUGCGCGAGGAGACGGCGACGGCGACGGCCAACCCAGUGCGCGGAGCGAGGACACCGCCGCAAGCGAGCGCGGGCAGGAAAGGUGACCCUAUAGAAUGUUUCAAAGACACUUUAUUAUCUUCCCGGACAACAGAUAUAUACAACAUGUAUAUGAUGGAAAAGGAAAUUUGUCGUAUGACAGAGUUAAUGAGCCUAUCAAACACAGAAGAUACAGCUACCAGUUAAGAAGAUUGAAAAUAAGAAAUUUAAAUUGCAAGAGAAUUUAUUAUUACGGACGUAAAGAAUACAUGAAGACAAUCUCUU